AUGGAGGAAGAGAUCCGCGCGGAGUUCGAGAGCAGCGGUUUCUCCAUCGGCGGGGACGCCGCCGAGAUCCUCUCCACGCUGCUGACCUACUGCAUCAACUACAAGAUGAGCCCCGGGGAUCUCGUCUCCAACUGGGAGGUCUACUACCUCAAUAGGCAAUUGGAUGGGUUAAAGCUUGAAAAGUCAUAUCUGGAUGGUUUUCUGUCACACCUGCAAAAUGAAGUGAAAGACAGGAUUGUAAAAGAAGAAACAAGCCUUCACAUCUAUUCUAAUAAUGAUGUUGACAUGCUCUUGAGCAAUACGCACACAGAUGAGGAGGGAUUCCUUGACACGCCAAGCACUAAACAGGAAAAGACCAAUACCAAUGGAGAGUCAUUUAACUCUGAGCUUACUCCAGUGACCACUGGUAGGCCAUCAUCCAGCAGAUUGGCCAAAACAAAUGGCGACCGCAUUACCCCGUUCUCUCAACGAGUAAAUAAAUUUACUCAACAGUGUGUUCUUAAUUCUGAUAAUGUGGCUAGUUUGCCAAGUAAAGACGAGAUUGAAUCAACAGAAGAUGAAAUAAUUCGAAGAGUUCAACCAAGUAAAAGAUGUGCCUUGCAAGUUCAACGCUCACAGCCUGAACCAGGUUGUAGGUUCAUGUAUGACAGAAUAGAAGAUAGAUUUAAUUACUUGGGAGAUAGGAUAAGGAGGUCUGGGAUCUUGUUUUCUGCAUCUGGGCUUUGUGGAGAACCUGCAGAUGCUACCCUUGCUUCAGAGGAGAGCAUGUUUUCAGUUGGCAUGGUAAUCUGUGAUGGGGAAGGCCGUCUAAAUGAAAAAUCCAUCUUGCUACAGGGCAGUGUUGAGCACUCCAGGGGGCAGCGUGUACGCCUAGACUUGAAGGAACUAGACCAGUUUUCCUUGUUUCCUGGGCAGGUCGUUGGCAUUCAAGGCCACAAUCCUAGUGGGCAUUGUUUUGUUGUGUCAAAGUUGAUCGAUUCAAUACCGAACUCUUCGGAUGCUCAACUGCCUCAUGCUAAGAAACAAGCUGUUGACAGUGAAAGCCACCAAAGUUCUGACAUUCUAUCAAGAGUGCUGUCAUCGGUCAUUGCAGCAGGUCCUUAUACAACAACUGAUAAUUUGUUGUUUGAGCCUUUGCAAGAAUUGCUAUCUUAUGCCUCUCGUAAGCAGCCUCAGCUUCUCAUAUUGAUGGGACCCUUUAUUGACUCUGAUCAUCCUGAAAUAAAAAAGGGAACUGUUGACCAGAGUUUUCAAGACAUAUUUCUUUUUGAAAUCAUGAGAAAGAUUCAAGACUUCACCCAGUAUUUGGGGCACAAUGUUCGUGUGAUUCUUGUUCCAUCCGUACGUGAUGCGCACCAUGACUUUGUUUUUCCUCAGCCUGCAUUUGACUUGAAUUUGCCCGAAGACAUCACACACCAGAUUAGCUGCCUGGCUAAUCCAAGCCUAUUCAGUUGUAAUGAGAUACAAUUUGGAUGCUGUACAAUGGAUAUCCUGAAACAUCUGAGCGGUGAAGAAAUUUCUCGCAAGCCACCUGGUGGAAAGCCUGGUGACAGAAUUGGUAGAAUUUGCGCACACAUAUUGAAGCAACAAAGCUAUUACCCUCUAUAUCCUCCUCCUGCUGGUGUACCCUUGGACUUCUCACUCGCUAGCGGAGCAUUGGAGAUCUCAUCAGCUCCUGAUGUUCUCCUACUUCCGUCCGACCUUGCUCCAUUUGUGAAGGUGCUUUCUCUUGAUGAAAGUAGUGAAGAACCUAAGCAUUUUAUUUGUGUGAACCCUGGGAGAUUAGCGAAGGGUAUUGGUGGAGGCACAUUUGUAGAGCUUAACUACAACGAGGACACAGACAAGACAAGUGCCUCCAUUAUUCGCAUCUAGUUUUACCAAGGCAGUAAUGUAUCAGCUGAUGGAAAUUAGGAGAGUUUCAUUUCUUGUCAGUGGAGGGUCGAAAUGCUUCAUGUCUCUUGUGGUAAGCUUGUCCUUGACCACUCGAUAAUUGAUGUCAUUUGCUGUAAUUAUUCUUGGGGUGGUGUAUGGUAAAAUUUUCUGCUAACAAAGUGAUUUGAUCUUACCGUGAACUAGCUGUUCUAAUCUUUUUCAACAUCCCAUUGUGUAUCAGAAUCAGAAAACUAGUUAAUCAAUUAACCUAGUAUCAAAUACAGCAUCAUGUGUU